UUGUUUUUAUAUUUGUUUUGUUUGGCUCAUGAAAUUAUUGUCUAUCGAUUAUGUAGAACAUUCAUCAACUCAUUUAAUUACUUAAAUUUGUUAAUGCUUUGAGUAGUUUGAUUAUAGGGGAAAAAAAAGAAAAAGAAAUAUUGAUUUAAUUAUUUUUGUUUUUGGUUGUGGAUUUAGAAAGAAGGAAGAGAGUGGGGGGUUAGUAAAAAAUGGCAAAUAUAGGGAUUGAGGGAAUAUUGAAGGAGCUGCCAUCAUAUGGUAGUGGUAGUGGUAGUCGUAUCCCCAAGACAAAGAUUGUAUGCACUUUGGGUCCUGCUUCUAGAACAGUGCCUAUGCUCGAGAAGCUCCUUCGUGCCGGUAUGAACGUUGCUCGUUUCAAUUUCUCACACGGGACCCACGAUACCAUCAGGAGACUCUUGACAAUCUCAAAAUUGCUAUGCACAGGCCCCGAGAUUCGAACUGGUUUCCUCAAGGACGGAAAACCCGUUCAACUAAAAGAAGGCCGAGAAAUUACAGUAACAACAGAUUACACAAUUAAAGGAGACGAGGAAACAAUCUCAAUGAGUUACAAAAAAUUGCCCGUCGACUUGAAACCGGGAGGUACAAUUCUGUGUGCAGAUGGUACAAUCACACUCUCGGUUUUGUCAUGCGACCCUGCUGCCGGAACAGUUAGAUGCCGUUGCGAAAACACAGCAAUGCUGGGGGAGAAGAAAAACGUGAAUUUACCGGGGGUAGUAGUGGAUCUUCCAACACUUACAGACAAGGACAAAGAAGACAUACUAGAAUGGGGUGUUCCUAAUAAAAUUGAUAUGAUCGCUCUCUCUUUUGUUCGUAAGGGAUCUGAUCUUGUUAAUGUCCGAAAGGUUCUCGGCCCUCAUUCCAAGCGUAUUCAGUUAAUGUCAAAGGUUGAGAACCAAGAAGGAGUGAUCAACUUCGACGAAAUCCUCCGCGAAACAGACUCGUUCAUGGUCGCCCGUGGCGAUUUAGGAAUGGAAAUACCAGUUGAAAAAAUAUUCCUCGCCCAGAAAAUGAUGAUAUACAAAUGCAAUAUCGCGGGGAAGCCAGUCGUGACCGCCACACAGAUGCUCGAGUCCAUGAUCAAAUCCCCCAGGCCCACACGCGCCGAAGCCACCGACGUAGCCAACGCAGUCCUGGACGGAGCCGACUGCGUCAUGCUCUCCGGCGAGAGUGCCGCCGGAGCCUACCCAGAACUGGCGGUUCAAAUCAUGGCUCGUAUUUGCAUCGAGGCUGAGUCAUCGCUCGAUUACGGCGCCAUCUUUAAAUCGAUGAUAAAGUGGACCCCACUGCCCAUGAGCCCGUUGGAGUCCUUGGCUUCUUCGGCCGUGAGGACUGCCAACAAGGCGAGGGCGAAGCUGAUUGUGGUGAUGACACGUGGCGGGUCGACUGCGAAGCUUGUGGCAAAGUACAGGCCCGCUGUGCCGAUCUUAUCGGUGGUGGUCCCGGUUCUGACGACGGACUCGUUUGAUUGGUCGAUUAGCGACGAGGCUCCAGCGAGGCAGAGCUUGAUUUAUAGAGGGUUGAUUCCAGUUCUUGCUGAAGGGUCUGCGAAGGCGACUGAUGCGGAGUCGACUGAGGUUAUCUUGGAAGGUGCGCUGAAGUGCGCGACUGAAAGGGGGCUUUGCGAGAGUGGUGAUGCUGUUGUGGUGCUUCAUCGUAUCGGGUCUUCGUCUGUUAUCAAGAUUUGCCUUGUUAAGUGAAAGAGGGGAUUAUUAUCGCAUCUUCAUUUCUAGUCAUUACUUGUGGUUUUUCCUUUAUUUAUUUAUUUUGGUAAUCUUCUAUUUUCCAAGAGAUAUUGAUCAGUUGCUUGGGGAGCUGCAACUUGAUUAACUAAUCAGUCCUACUACUUAAAUAAUGCAUGCAGCUUUUUGUUAUGUUG